AAUGGGUUUCAAAAUCAAGGCCUACUUUCAUUGCAAAGAAAAGCAGAGAGAAAAUAAAAGAUCUCACCUCUCUUCUAGGUUUUCUUUGGUAUCCUCUAUCCUUUUGAUCCACUCUUAAAGAGAGACAAGGAGAAAUUUUAGAGAGAGUAACAGAGAGGAAGAGAGGAAGAGAGAGAAAUGGCCUACAGAGCAGACGAGGAUUAUGAUUACCUGUUUAAGGUGGUUUUGAUUGGGGAUUCAGGCGUGGGUAAAUCAAACCUUUUGUCCAGAUUCACGAGAAAUGAGUUCAGUUUGGAGUCCAAAUCGACAAUUGGGGUUGAGUUCGCGACAAGAAGCAUUCACGUAGACGAUAAGGUCGUCAAAGCUCAGAUUUGGGACACAGCUGGCCAAGAAAGAUACCGUGCAAUCACGAGCGCCUAUUACCGUGGAGCAGUAGGCGCGCUUCUUGUGUAUGACGUGACACGCCACGUGACAUUCGAGAACGUGGAGCGGUGGCUAAAGGAGCUUCGCGACCACACCGACUCCAACAUUGUCAUAAUGCUUGUUGGCAACAAAGCUGACCUCCGCCACCUAAGGGCCGUCUCCACUGAAGAUGCCAAGGCCUUUGCAGAGAGAGAGAACAAUUUCUUCAUGGAGACCUCUGCCCUCGAAUCAAUGAAUGUUGAGAAUGCAUUCACUGAAGUCCUCACCCAAAUAUACCGAGUCGUUAGCCGAAAAGCCCUUGACAUAGGUGAAGACCCAGCCGCUGCCCCUCCCUCUAAAGGUCAGACUAUCAAUGUGGGUUCCAAGGAUGAUGUUUCAGCGGUCAAGAAGGUUGGCUGUUGCUCUGCCUAGAGGAGAGAUACAGAGAUUGAUGCCUACAAUGGUAUAUAGAGAGAGAGAGAAAUCGAGUAGAAGGUAUUUGUACGGCAUUUUUUUGGUGCCCCACCAUGUGAAUGCAUGCUUAAUUUUUUUUCUCUGGCGAGCGUGUUACGCUCUCCCUGCAUGGAGGUUUUCAACCGAGCAGGUGGGGUAGUUAGAGACAAGAAGAAGAGGAGAAGAAAGGUGUUGUAAAAGUUUUUUGGUUGUUUUGUGUGUCACGAUUUAGAAUUGGUUUUAACAGACUCUUAGAGUAGAUAUUAUUUGAUUUGGUUCAUUGACCCCCAAAGGAUUUAUGGUUUAUUGAUUUGGUCGAAUUGGAUUCUGAUACAUUCAUCAGCUUCUUUUAAUUCUAUCAAAGUGAAGAUUGUUUCCGUGGUCUGAA